UAUGUAUUUAUAGGAAUUUCCUCAAAGAAACCAAACCGCCUUCUCUCUCUUCCUGCACAAAACCCUCAAAACUAAACAACUAUAGCGUUCUCUCUCCCGUACGCCAAAAAAAAAAAGGAAACAUUGCUCGAUUUAUUCAAAAUGACCUUCUCAUUUUCUCCCGUCAAAUCUCAGUCCUUGAUGAAGAGGCGACGAGUCUACAUCAGCGACGACGAAGAGCAAGAAACCCCAAAGAAUCGGCUGCAGCAGCAGGCAUUGAAGAAGCAGAGAGAUGAGGAAAUGGCUGACCUUGACGACGAGGCUAAACCCUCGGGCAGCCUGAUUAAGGUCGAUUUCAAGGGGAAGAAGAAGCAUUACCCUUCGUUUGAGUACGGUGGGAAUUCGUACGAGCUGGAUGAUACGGUGCUAUUCUACCCAGGGGAAGAGCAGAAGCCGUAUGUUGGGAUUAUUAAGGAGAUAACAGAGGAUUUUCAUGGUAAAGUGAUGGUCACUGGGCAGUGGUUUUAUCGUCCGGAAGAAGCUGUGAGAAAAGGGGGUGGGAACUGGGAAGCAAGAGAUACGAGGGAGCUAUUUUAUAGCUGUCAUCGGGAUGAAGUUCCAGCUGAAUCUGUAAUGCACAAGUGUGUCAUUCACUUCAUUCCUUUGGACAAGCAAUUACCUGAACGUUUAGAACAUCCUGGAUUUAUUGUGCAAAAAGUCUAUGAUUAUGUCCAGAAAAGUAUGUGGAAUUUAACAGAAAAAGAUUGCAACGAUGCGCUGCAAUAUGAAAUAGAUGUGCUUGUUAAGAAAACCCAAGAGCGAAUAGGUAAACUUCCUGACAUUGAACUUAAAAAUUCUUCUGCCAAGAAGAAUGAUUAUUUGACAACCAAGAGGAGCCUUGCGAGGGGUAGAAUGCAUCAGAUUGAUGUAUCAAGACUUGGGCCAACGACACAAUUUGACAGGCUGGAAAAAGUAUAUUCUAGUUGCAGAGGAGAUGUUUCAAUGUACCAUGUAAUUUUAUCAAAAUCCAAAGUACUGACUGGCAAUGCACAUCGUGAUAAGUGGUUAGAGAAGCUUCUUCAAGGAAUUCAAUUAGCAUGGAGUUCAACAAAGGGUGCUGUGCAGAUGGAUGAUAGGCAUAGGAGUCAUAUUGUGUCUUCUAUUACCCGGGUAACUGGCAAAAUCAGUGCACGACGUACUGGACCUUGUGGUAGUGCUUCAGAUGUUGGUGCCAAAAUAGAUGCUGUUAUCCCACUGAUAACUGAGCUUGAGAAGGUAGUAUAUGAAGCUCUAGGCAUGGAGUUUCAAAAGUAUAACCAGAAGAUGCGACAGCUUGAUUAUAAUCUCAAGACUAACCCAUUAUUGAGUCGACGUUUGCUAAACAAAGAAUUAGAACCCAUUGCCCUUCUUACAAUGACUCCAGAGGAGCUAAAGGAAGGAUUGACUGCAGAUGAAAGAAUAGCGACAGAGACUGAAAAACCAGUGCAAAUGCAGAUGACAGAUGCUCGAUGUUCGAGAUGUAUGCAAAAACAAGUUCAUAUUAAUGGAAUCAUAUGUGCUGGAGCGGCUGGGGAUCGCUAUGAGCUUGAGUGCGGUGGGUGUGGCAACUCUUGGUAUGCGUCUCGAGAUGAAAUGUCUUCACUGACUAUCGAUGCGCUAAAUGUCAAUGGAAAUUUGGAUACUCCAUGGGCGACUGCAUAGUUUGAUGCUUUUGAGAACUCAACUGACAUAUUUCCUGAUCUGGGGAAUGAAAAAUUAUCAAGUUACCAUAACAAUAGCAGUGCUCGUGCUAACUGUGUGCAGUAGUAGGCUCCUAGCAAAUUUAGUGGUUAUGUAGAGUUCCCAAAAGUGUAGUCAGUAGCUUUGGAAAUAGUUGUAAUAUAUGAUCAAUUUCUGAUACUUCUUGUUGACCAGAAUCGUUUGUUGGGAGGACAAGUGAAAAGUAUGGUUCUAACUCGGAAGUUUAGCAUCGCAAAGCGGAUACUUUUAUGUGUAAACUCGUUGCCUGGUGCUUGCGGUUUUUACCAGAAUUGAUGUUAGAUUUAA